UUCCCGAAUCCCGACUUUUCCAUUACAGCACAAAAUUCUCGAUUUUUUUCUAUUCUUCCUUUUUUUAAUUUCUUUUUUCUGUCUAUUUUCACUCAAAGGAGAAAGACGUUGUUGACGUGUAUAAAAACCACUACCUGACGAAGAAAAAAGAAAAGAGUAUCAUGACAGACACUUCGGAACUGGAGAUCAUUGAGAAUUCCCCACCGUUUCAACAUGAGCAGGUCAAGAUCCGGCGUGGAACCUUAAACCAAGCAUCGUCGACUGAGCGAAUGUUUUCGGCGUGUGCUGGCGCCCUUGUCACGUCUACACUCAUGACUCCUUUGGACGUGGUCAAGACGAGAUUACAAAGCCAAGAAGCAACAGGUUACCGACAUUUGAACGGUACAACUGACGGACUGGUCAAGAUUAUGCGUAUUGAAGGCCCACUUGCGUUAUUUCGGGGUCUGUCUGCAGGAUUAGUCAUGGCGAUCCCUUCGACUGUGAUUUAUUUUGUUGGGUACGAUUAUAUUCGCGAUCAUAUUCGACAAUCACGGUUCGGAAACACAGCAGUACAUGACUACUCGCCAUUAUGGGCUGGAGGUGUAGCAAGAACUGUUGCUGCUGCGGUCAUUUCACCAAUCGAAUUAUUCAGAACUCGCAUGCAGGCCGUAGAAGGAGCAGACGGAUUUCCAGCUGUAUGGCGUGGAAUUAUGCAAAUGGUACAACGAGAGGGCAUGGUUUCUUUAUGGCGAGGUUUAUUGCCAACAAUGCUUCGUGAUGUGCCAUUUUCUGGCUUGUAUUGGAUGGGUUAUGAGCAGAUCAAACAGUAUUUGAGCAGCAAAAACUCGAACCAAGAUACCCUGUCUAAUUUUCAAAGCUCAUUUAUUGCGGGUGCAUCUUCUGGAAUGUUUGCAGCCGUAGUUACUACACCUUUCGACGUGAUCAAAACACAACGGCAAGUUAACUCUGGUGACGACGCACGGAUUAUGCGACUCAUCAGAAAAACCCGGAUUGCUGAAGGUUACCGUGGUUUCUUUCGAGGUGUUGUUCCGCGCGUGGUCAAAGUCGCACCAUCAUGUGCCAUAAUGAUUUCGAGCUAUGAAGUUGGCAAGCGAUUCUUUGCUGAACGUCGAGAUAACCAACAACAGCAACAUUCUGCUACCUUUGCAUCUUCCUCUUCCUCGUUAUAAUAGACUUGUACAUACGUUAUAUUUUUUCUACAUACACACCCAACUCCACACCACCACCACCACCACCACUAAAUUCACACCACAGCUAAAAAUUUUUACUCGCAUUUACACAUAAGAAACCCCACUCACUAUAUAUCACUUGUUUUUGCUCUUUCUUUUAUUAUUUCGCAUCUAAACACACUUUACGCAAGUUCUUUUCAUACUCUAGAGAAAAAAAAGGAUAAUCAAAUAAACAAGUAAAAACCUGUUUUAACUUGUCAUUAAAUCGAUGAAUUGCAUUUCGAUUGGAUGUCCUUGAGUCUUCUGUAUAUAAUAGGACCGCAUACUAUGAUAGAUGUGUGUAUCUGCACACAUCGCUCGAUAACAAGUCGUUAAUAGAGCGAAAGUACGAUCUAUAAG